AUGAUAAAGGCAAUUUUAUUCUACGGAAGUAAUUUUCAAAUUAACGAUUUACCAAAUUGGAGAUCCCCAUUUGUUCAAUGGGGAUUGAUGCAUGAAGAAUCUCCUAGAAAUAAUCCUAUGUUCGUUCACCAAAAAGCAUUAAAUCUUUUUAAUUAUUCCUCGACGUUCAGUAGAUUCAGUAAUGUACCACUUUAUUCCAUUGAUUUACCCAAUAAAGAAGAACUCUUAGGAAAGAAAUAUUUUGUAUCGUCUAAAGAAAAAACAAUUUUGAUGGAAAAAGAAAAUUUAGCACCGUUAUUGUAUAUUCAAUCAGAUUGUAAUACCGCCACUAAUAGAGAUUCUUAUAUUUUAGAAUUAAUGAAAUACAUCAAAAUAGAUUCUUAUGGUUUGUGUAUAAAUAAUGCUCGUCUGGACGAAAGAUUGAAAAGUAAUUAUUUGAAUAAAUUAAAUACCGAUGAGUUUUUAUCGUUUGUGGCAAAAUAUAAAUUUACAUUAGCUUUCGAGAAUGCAGUUUGCAAUGAUUACAUUACGGAAAAACUUUGGAGACCGCUCGUUGUGGGUUCUGUACCUAUUUAUUAUGGAUCUCCUACGUUCAAGGACUGGUUACCAAAUAAUAUGUCUGCGAUUUCAGUAUUAGAUUUUGAUAAACCUAAAGAAUUAGCUGACUUUUUGUUACAUCUAUUAAAUAAUGAUAUAGAAUAUGAAAGAUAUUUAAUUCAUAAAAUUGGAAAAGAGGAAGAAAGAUUAACGAAUAAUCGAUUAUUAAAUGUAUUGACAAAAAUACCUGCCAAAGAAAUGCAUCAUUUUGGUUAUUACGUUGAAGAUUUUGAAUGUUUCGUUUGCAAACAAAUACAUAAUACUCAAACAAAUAAUGAAACAAAUAUAAUUACAGUAAAACAUUACGAUUGUCCUUUACCGAUAGAUUUGUUAUCAAGUCAAGUGAAUAAAAAUAAUUUUUGGGUAUAUCAAUGGAACUUAGAAAAAUGUGGGGCUAAAUUGUUACAACAUUACGUAUUAAAUAAUCUUACUAUCGAUAUUGAAAAAUUUAAUAAUGAAACAUUUGAAUUGUAUAGCAAAAAUGAUUGUUAGCGAAUUAUGAAUACAAAUUAUAGCUGUGAA